AAUGAGCAUGAUCGAGCAAAGGCUAAAGCAAGUUCAAGAUGAGACAGCUUCGGAGGUAGCAGCUGAAGAAAAGAUGUCAAAAGCGUCAUCGGAGCAUAGCUAUUCACCAGAGACUUUGGAUAUAAUUCAAAAAAUAUUAGCUAGGUUAAAGAUUACAACUCAAAGUGACUUAUAAACAAUGUGAAAAGAGAUCAGAAUACCAGAGAGGAGUUUAAAAACUUGGAUAACGAAUUAGGAAAUCUCCUUAAGCAGGCAGAGGUUAGAAACAAGGGUUUACCCAGUUCAGGGGUAGACGACGCAUCUCUAGACCAGAAGGUAAAGGAAGCACUUGACAUAAACCUUCUUGAUAUAUGUGAAAAGAAGGAAGUUGCAGAAUCCAAACUCAGAGAACUCACCAAGCAAUUUGAUUCCAAAGUUGAGAAAGUUAAACAACUUGAGUACGAGAACUAUCUCCUUCAGAAGAAGAAUAAAGAGUUUGAACAGAAGUUUAUUAAAGCAGAUCAGGAUUUGAAGAAGAAAACCCAGGAUGUAGAAAGACUUCUAGACAUACUUUAUGGAACUGAUAAAGCAAAGGAAUAUGCAAAGCUAGAUGCAGAGAGUUGGAAUAAUAAACAGAUCCGGGCUUAUCAUAUUGGACCUCCUGUGCAUGUCAUGAGAUCAAUGCAUUCAAAGAACCAAGGAAUCACCAGCUUAAAACAAAAUGAACCUAACUAUUGUGCUGAUGGCCACAAUGAAAUCUGGAAAACUCAGGAAGAAAACUUAGUAAAGGAGGAGAAGGAAGAUGAUUCCUUAGAAACUUUUACAAAGACAGGACUUUGGGUUUUGAAAAAUACACAGUCAAUGGGAAGUUUACCAAGUGAGAAUAUUCCUGUUUCAGAUCAAAUUAAAAAUCACUAUAAUACCUUGAUGUUUAAUCAACAAAAUCCUGAGAGCACAUUUGACACUGAUAUGUUUGCAAGGACUGGGAGCUCAGGUCAAGAUGCCAAUAAUCAUUUUCCUAAUACCCCUGGAUUUGAUAAUACUCAGAAUGGACAAUCUCCUCAUUUUGGAGCCCAAAGAGGUCCACAAAUGCCUCAAAGAAGUGGAAGAACUGGCUAUAGUAAUUCUGGAUUUAGGCUUACAUUUAAUGAUAAGAACCAAUAA